AGCGGUGCUCCUGUCUCCACAGUGGGAACUGAUCCUGUACUCACCGGCAACACCGCUCUUCUGUUUCUGUCCGCCUGGAUCUCGCUCCCUGUGUGUGGACUUGUAUCUGCUUGAUACACUACGGGUUACGGCUGGUUUAUUUCUGAUGUGACUUUACCGUUGGGAUCUAUGGAGUGCACUUGAACCUCGAGCGGAUCGGGGACAGAGGAGAGGGGCAAAAAUGUGGGCUCUCAGAAAAUGGAAACCAAGACAACCCUGAGGAUACUAUAACGGGAUCCCGUACAGCCCCAGUCGUCUGAGAAGGUCAGACAACACGCUAGCACGCUUGGGCCGUUGGCAAUAAGAUGUCCCUAAGUAUUGGCACUGCAGGCGGGAAAGGUGUGGACUCGAAUGCGGUGGACACUUACGACAGCGGAGAUGAAUGGGACAUUGGUGUUGGCAAUCUGAUCAUUGACCUCGAGGCCGACCUAGAAAAGGACAAGCUUGAGAUGUCUGCCACUAAGGAUGGGGUUGGAAUGGCUGCGCCUCCCAGUGCGGUAGCAGCUCUGCCGGACAAUAUUAAAUUUGUAAGCCCUGUACCUCAGGGUAAGGACGGUAAGUCGAAAUCUAAGCGAAAUAAAAACUCUAAGGACACCAGUAAGUCUUCGGCUCAAGAUGGGGCCAAGAAAGAGGCCCAAGGACGGACCCAAAACGAGGGAACGGGCCUGGCUGCGGGAACGACCCCAGCAUUAGCCAAAGGUGCUGAAAAAAACACUAAGACCUCUCGCGGUGUUUCAGGUGGAAAGAAGGACAAAGAGGGGGGAUCUGGGAAAAGUAAAAAGGACAAAAAUGAAGGAGUACAAUCUGGAAAUCUGGCUACAGACAAGGACACCAUGGCUCCUGCUUUGUCAUUAGGACCAGCUCGCAAUACUCAAUUUGAAGGAAGGCAAAACUCGGACCUAACUUGUGCUGAUCAGAUUGGGAAUAUUGCUAUUGAUAGUGCUGGAAUGGUUUCUCCGCUGACUAUUAAAAGUGAACCUGAGGAGAUGGACACCAAUGACUGUAGGGCCAUGAAGAAAAUCAAAAGUGAAAAGAUGGAUUCCCCAGUCUCCACGCCGGCUCCUCCACCUCUACAUCUCCUCACUCCAGUCGGCAGCACCGAUAUCUCCUCCCCGUGUGAACAGAUCAUGGUUCGCACACGCUCAGUCGCAGUGAACACAUCUGAUGUGGCGCUUGCCACCGAGCCAGAAUGUUUAGGUCCCUGUGAGCCUGGCACCAGUGUUAACCUGGAAGGCAUUGUAUGGCAAGAAACAGAAGACGGUAUGCUGGUUGUCAAUGUCACCUGGCGGAACAAGACGUACGUGGGAACGCUUUUAGACUGCACCAGGCAUGAUUGGGCCCCACCACGAUUCUGUGAAUCUCCAACAAGUGAUAUGGAGCUAAAGAAUGGACGAGGCAGGGGGAAAAGAAUGAGACCCAACAGCAACACUCCAGUUAACGAGAACAGCAACUCCUCCGACAACAAGGGGAGCAACAGCAGUAAGACCCGAUCGGCUUCCAACAACAAGGGGCGACGGGGCAGUCAGAACUCCACAGAACGGCGUACGCCGCCCAAUAGCAACACUGAGGACAUCAAGGCCAGUCCGUCCUCUGUUAACAAACGCAAGGGCAAACCUGCCUCUGACAUGGAGCCUAAUUCCAGCUCAGAGGACACCAAGGGUAGCAAGCGUAUGCGCACCAACUCGAACAGUGGAAUGCCUCAUGCUGUCCUUCCCAUCCCUAUUAUUAAAGCAGAACCUCUUCUGUCUUCUUUGGAUCGCACUUGCCUCUCCCCGGUGCUUAUUGACUGCCCCCAUCCCAACUGCAACAAAAAAUACAAGCACAUUAAUGGUCUGAAAUAUCACCAGGCUCGUGCCCACAAUGACGAUGAUGUUAAAUUGGAAAUGGAUGUGGACAGUGAAUAUAUGGAAGAUUCUUCUUUGCAUCCAGAAUCAGGCAGCUGCAACGGAGCCUCUAUGUCCCAGAAAGGUUGUGCCUCUCCGGCCCGGUCGGUUACCCCAAAAGGCAGAGGGUUCGAAGCCCAGAGCCCAUCGCCUUCAUCAGGCAAGUACGCCUCUAAACAGACCAGCAAAAAGAAAACAGAGGUAGAUCAUGAUUCUGGAGUGCAUCUUGAUGGCUGUGAAGAUGGCUCAUGUCUGACAGACGAGGCUAGCAAUGAUGGUGUUGAGGACAAGAAAGGUUCGGACAAGGCAAAGAAAUCUGGCAGUGGUUCCAAAGCAGAUAAGCUGUCCCAAAAAGGUGUAAAGUCUGCAAGGCCGAUUGUACCUUCCGUACCACAGCAACAACUCUAUAACCUGCAAGCAUCAAGCUUUCCUGCACCCAACUCUAGUUCCUCUGUGAACAUGAGUACAGUGGUACAGGCUAUUCCCAAAAGCCCACAGCUGAAAUCCAUCCAGCCUAAGCCUGUAGUAACUGGUGACCCUUCUUUGAACCCAACCUUAAGUGGUUCCAAGGAGAAAAAGAAAAAAGAGAAGAAGAAAAAAGAGGGUGGAAAGGAGGUCGAAAGUCCUAAAGCUUCAGGGAAGGGAGGAAAGUCAGAGGGAGGAAAAAGUCCUUACUCUGAGUCUUCAGAUCCAGGGAGCAAGACUGAUUGUCUCCUCAAUGGUUCGACAGACCCCCACCAGAGUCGCCUGGCCAGUAUCAAGGCUGAAGCAGACAAAAUCUACAGCUUUACUGAUAAUGCUCCGAGUCCUUCAAUUGGUGUAGCCAGUCGAAUAGAAAGUGGGGGCAUGCCACAAUCCACUCCACUCCAUUUAGUCAUCCAAAAUGGGGCAGAUAAUGCUUCAGUAAAAACCAACAGCCCUGCCUAUUCUGACAUUUCUGAUGCAGGCGAAGAUGGUGAGGGCAAAGUGGAAAGCACAAAGGUCAAGUCUGAGGAUCAAGCCCCUAGAGAAGGGGCUAAGAAGGCCAUUUUUGCAAACCAACCCCCUAACAAAGACUCCACUUACUAUCCCAACUAUGAGAAUUAUUACUCGCCUACUUAUGUUCAUCCAAAUCCUAGCCCAGGACUUUCAAAUGCAGGCGUAGCAUUGCAGGAUAACACUGUGAAGAUCAAAAAAGAAGAAGAACAGGAACUGGGAGACGAAAAGAGCAAAUCAGAACAGCCUGAAGAUCGCAAGCCUGAGAUUAACACUUCAAGCCAACAGCAACAGCAGCAAUCUGUUAUUCAGCAGCGAUCCAAUAUGUAUAUGCAGCCGCUCUACUAUAAUCAGUAUGCCUAUGUGUCUCCUUACGGCUAUUCACCAGACCAGGCGUAUCAUAAUCAUUUGAUGAAUACCAACCCAGCUUACAGGCAGCAGUGUGAGGAACGGCAGAGGCAGGCUGCCGAGCAACAAAGAGCCGCAGAGAAGAAAUCCGAAGCUGUUCAGAAAGACAGAGAUGCCUGUGUAAAGCCAGAUGAGUGGAAACAAAAAGCAUCAGUUCCACCAAGCCUGUCUAAAGCACCAAGCCUUUCUGACCUAGGAAAACCCUCACCGCAGAGCAAACCAAAAGAGCCGCCAUCAGAGCCGGCCAAAUCGGUCAUCAUCCCGAAGACUGAAGAGGGAAAGCCACCCAGCCAGCAGGCAGAAGGACUAAAAAUAAAGCUGCCUGAAGGUGGACACCAUGGGAAAGAGGAGCAGAAAAGCAAUCCAGAGUCUGGAAGGCCAUCAGCCAUGGAGCAGGCCAUGUACAUGUACAGACAGGAGCCCGAUUCUCGACUUUGGCCCUAUGUUUACCCCAACAAGUAUCCUGAAUCCCAGAAACAGCUAGAUGAGGAGAGGUGGAAAGAAGAGCGUGAGCGUGAGCGAGACCGUGACCGAGAUCGAGACAGGGACAAGGAUAGAGACAGAGAUCGAGACAGAGAACGAGACAGAAAAGUGAAAGAGGACAGACCCCGUGCCAAAGAGGCUCAUUCUAAAGAGGAAAGCAAAGAGGGGCCUCAACCGCGGACCUCGGCGGCCUCUGAGGAGCAUAGGGUGGUUAGUAAAGACCCCAGAGCUCAUAUGCACUUCUCUUCAGCUCUCCCUCAACACCAGUCUUACAUGCCUUACAUGCAUGGAUACCCUUACAGCCAGGGUUAUGACCCUAGUCACCCAGGAUACAGAGGAAUGCCAGGCGUAAUGAUGCAGAACUACCCAGGGCCCUACCUGCCACCGGGAUACUCGUUUUCCCCGUACAGUACCAAGAUUUCCCCAGGUGAAGAAGGUGACAAAGCCCGUGCCAGUCCAACAGUGACUGGCAAGUCACCUUCAGAGUCGAAAGCCCUGGAUAUUCUGCAUCAACACGCUAGCCAGUACAAGAGCAAAUCACCCACAGCGGGUGAAAAGGCAUCUCAUGAUAGAGAAAGAAGUGGAGAAAGGGAACGAGAAAGUGACCGACCACGAUCCUCGCCCUCACAAAGAAUCAUGCCUUCCCAUCACCACUUGGGCUACCCUCUACUCUCUGGACAAUAUGAUUUGCCCUAUGCACCUGGGCUUUCCUCUUCAGCCAUCGUUGCCAGCCAGCAAGCCUCUGGUCCCUCACUCUACCCUCCUCCACGGAGGUGAAAAUGGGCAAAGAGGACCUCAAGUAUGCCUGCAGCCAUGUGAUUUGACCACAUGAGGACUUUAAAACAUCAGUUCAAUGGUGUUCCUGAAUAUUUGUUUCUUUCUUCCGGAUAUGCCGGCGACUGAUCCCCAUUCACCAUGACUGGAAAUGGAUGGUGGACGCCAAUCCAUUCCCAACUCAGUACUUCUGUAAAAGAACUCAGUUACGAUGUCUAGGUACUCAUGGGGGUGAUGACACAAGUCAAGGACGUGUGCGCUCUUUGAAGACCUCGGGACAGAUGAAAAAGAAAUUGGACAGCAUGGGAAUGUCACAUGACUACUUUCUUUGCAUUGUUUACCGGUCCAGACCUCGGUGAGAAAACUUAACAGAACUGCCUCAAGGAAACUCAGAUCGGUGGAUAUUUUAUUUUGCAUUAUUAAGAGUGAGACAAAAUGUCUCAUUCCCUGUCCAGACACGCACAUUACCUGGACUCUAUGCAAGCUAUUGAUGUCCACCUCUCAUUCAGUUACGAAUCAGGGGAGAAACUUCAGUUCCUGUUACAGAAUUUACAUCCGCUAACUUGAGUUCAUCACUUUCAGCCUAUGUCAUUAAGGGUGCUGAGCGGACCACUGUCCAUGUUUUUUUUUCCACGAGUUGCAACUGGUUUUCUUCAGAGGGUUUACCCAGUACUUCAGCACUAUUUAACUCCACACAGGACUACUGAUAUCUGGCUGCUUUAGAUAGGUGCUCCAGCAUGCUGCAAAGGACUUGAAGGACAUUUCUAGACUGAGUUUAUUGCUGGUAGACUGGACUGAAGUAGUGCCUUCCGCUGUGGCAGACCAACCAGCACCACUGGGCAGCCCUGCAAAAAAAGGCAUGUGUCUUUUCCUGGCAUAGCUCCUCUAAGAUGGUCUUUUGCGAUGAACCGAGGUUGACCGUGUUAUUUGAACCACAGCUGUCUAUGUCUGGUCAUAGACAGUAAGACUUACGUUGCUGCUGCUGCUUGAGAGUCUCAUGCCAAACUGCAUGCCGAGUGUAAGCAUGGGGGAAAUACCCAUAUCUAGGCACCAGGAGUUUAAACAGCUAGUCUGUACAGGACAUUCACUGAGUGUCUGUGCUAAACAGGCUUCAUUAGACCCACUAUGUGUGGUCCUUAGUCGAGUUGGAGUAGAGGUGUGAACGCUUUGAUGUGUAGAGUUACUGUAUACCUGACAGUGGAGUACAUGUGCUUUUCAGUGUUUACUAUUGGAGCCACUAUGUUCGGAUGAUCCCCAAGGUUCCUCCUCCUUUCUCUUCGUCAUGUUGUAUCUGUGUGGUGUACUAUAGCACUAGAAAAUAUUAACCUACAGGGAGAGGAAGGCAAGCUGUGCACAUUUGCCUCACUUCCUGUUGCUGCCCCGUUCACUCACACACAAUCAUAGUGUGUUUUCUGUAUAUACUGUACAGAGGAAUUAUUUUAAAAAAAGGUUGUUGGAUGCUAUUGGAUUUUCCUACUCUUUUUUUUGUCUGUUAGCCUUGUUUUCUACUAUUGUUGAUAUAAUAUGAAUAUGUAGCUGGUGUAACGGCUUUAUAACUGAAGUGUUGUGAGAGAUAUAUAACUAUAUUCCGCUCCCUCUUUGCAUUUUUCUUUUCUUUUCCUUUCUUUUUCUAGGGGAGGGUGGGGUGGUAAUUGUUCCCUCAAACUUUCUCCCAAAUUUUGUUGUUCCUUCAAGCAUGUCACAUGUUUAGUUUUAAAUUGGCUAACCCAUUUGUUAAAAAAUGUAAAAAAAUAAAUAAAUAAAUAGGUUGUAAUGGGUUUGGUUGAUUUUAAAUCUGCACUACAAUAAAAACUACAUUGUUAUUAUAGUAAGAA